UGUGUUAAUGAAAGUACUUACUACAAAAAAGAAUUGGUAAAAUGGCAUAGGAUCAGCAAGGACACAUUUAACAUCUGGGAUUAUGGGGGCCAGGUGAUCUACCAUGGAAUUCAUCGGAUCUUCAUGACAUCAAUGGCAGUUUACAUCAUCGUGUUUAACCUUAACGUCAAUCUGGAUGACAAGGCCAUUGUAAUGGAUUCAUCAGGGCAAAUGCGCAUUCACCACCUGACAAACCUUGAGUUCAUAUUAUAUUGGAUUUUGUCAGUGUACAUUCACAGCCGUGAGUUAAAAGAUGACCUGAAGCUACAGAUUGCAUUACCAGCUAUUGUCCUCGUGGGUACUCACCGAGACUCCCUUGGAUCCACUGAACAGGAAAGGAUAAGCAAGGUAAAGGAAGCGUUCGACAAAAUAGAAAAGGCACUGAUGGGUAAACCAUAUGAAAAGCAUGUGUACCCAACAUACUUUGACAUCGAAAAUAAUCGUUCAGAAGUAGAUGGCAAUAUUGCUAAGCUGAAGAAAGUGCUUGAUCAUCUCAUGACAGCAUUGGACAAGCCCAUUCCGUUGAAAUGGAUGCGUUUCCGUAGCGAAAUUCAUAAGUUAAAGGAUACAACAGUAGUCUGUCCUUUGAAAAAGGUAAAUUUUUCAAGUUUUACAAGAGUACGUGGUAUUGAAUCCAAACAAGAGUAUGUGGUAUUGAAUCCAAUGCAUUUUGUUGAAAUGGUCACAACAGUCAUCACUGUGAAACAACCCAACUUGGAGUCAGCACUGUAUAAAGACCUCUACAGAAAACUUAACGAGGGUAUAUUAGAGGAGCCGUUGUUCAAGAAGCUUUUGGAAGAUCGUGGUGUUGAUUUGAAGAAGUUUGACUUUUUUGUCGAGUUGAUGAGACGAUUUUGUCUUCUUUGUGAGAGAAAAGCAGCCAAACCAGGAAACCGUUCUUUCUUUGUACCACUUCGACUGGCACUUGAACCAUCGUCCGAUGACCAUAGACGGGUCGACAAUUAUGGUGAGCGCGCUAUAAGCAUAUACCAUGACUUCUGUGGAUACCUUCCGGACGAGUUGUUUCCACAGCUGGUUACAGAGUUUAUCGACAGGUUUCAAGAUGAAGAAGGAAAUGAACAACCAAAGCUGGCACGUGAUCAUGCAGAACUUUACUUCGAUCAACAUCAUCGUGUAAUAAUGUCUGCAAUUACUUUUGGACUGAACCGACUGCUGAGGACAACUAUUCUUAGAAGGAAGCGAGAUGACGUAGCACAGAAAGACCUCGAACCAUUACCAGAAGCCUGUAAAACGGUUUUGGAGUUUCUUGAGGAGUCAUUCGAGGUCUCCCAACAGGGUGGCAGGAGGGGGUUUCAAUUCCAACGAUGUAUACCUUGCAGCAUUUGCAGCAAGAAUUCACCAAAGAAACACAUACAAUGGCUGGGGAACUUUGAAAAGGAAUGCCUUCCAUGCAAAGAUGAUGCAAUGAGUGUCGUACGCUAUAAACGACUAUUUGCAGGUACUGUGGAUUCAGGUGAACAACUCUCAGAAAACAUGUCACAUACUGAAGGUUCUGAAUUAGAGAAGUGGGAUUUUAGAGGGAUGCUAGUGCGUGUCUCAAAGGACAUCGGUGACGAUCUGAAUGAAUGGAAAGUAGCCCUCAGCAAUCAUAUCAAUACUGGUGCAUUAGAGAAAGCGGCAACAGCACUUUCGCUCUUUAAAGUCUUGAUUGACAGGGCAAUAAUGAAGGAUGGUGAUAUAAGGAUUCUACUAGAGACCAUUAAGAUGACAGAUUCACUUCAUUUGAGGAAACACAUUCCGAAAUGUCAACCUCUUGACAAUAUGAAGAUCACUCAGUUCUCAAAAUUUAGGCAGUCUGUGAUGACAUUUGGAAAAGAACUUUGUGACGAUGACAUUACGAACCUUGUCUUCUAUUACGGGCUUCGUCGUCAGUACAGUGAUGGAUGGUCACUGAUAAUGGACUUGCAAAAAGAACUAAUACUGGCAGAUACCGAUAAGUCGUUACAUGAUUUCAAAGCUAAAUUAAAUCAUAUGGGGCUAGAAAGACUUAGCAAUUGUCUAAACCGCUAG